GAUGAACUGAUCAUUUGAAUCAGAUGUGUUUAACGAGGGAAACUUGGAAAACAUGUAGGAAGGAAUACGGCCCACGAGGACUGGAGAUUGAGACCCCUGGUUUACGCCAUGAUAGAAAAAAAACAAUUCAAGGCUCGUCCACCAGAUGCCAGUAAUGUCUUUAACGUUUCACAGUCUUGACAGCUCUUAAACUCUUUGUCAUCUGCGACUGUUAUUCUUCUGUCUACCCGCUGAGACAAAAAGUGAAAACUUGUCAGUUUUGUAUCAGAUGCAAACAAGUAUCUGAGAAUCCAUCCAUGAGUCCAUCCCAGCGGACUUCAGGCUGAUCGUUGAGUGAUGAACAAAUAAUAAACAAAUAACCCAAUAAAUAAGAGGAGCAAAACUGAGCCAGUGUGCGUACAGCAGACAGUAAGCAUAGCGCAAAGUACAGGACGCUACGCAGAAAGGGGAAGCGAGUUCAGGAUCCUAACAGCCUGAGGUACGAAGCUGUUGUUGAGUCUGGUGGUGCGGGAGCGCAGGCUUCUAUACCUCUUCCCAGAGGGCAGAAGCUCAAACAAAGAGUGAGCGGGGUGACUCACAUCACUCACAAUUGUGGUCGCCUUGCGGGUGAGAUGGGAGAUGUAAAUGUCUUUCAAGGAGGGGAGUGAAGCACCAAUAAUCUUACCAGCCGUGUUCACUAUGCGCUUCAGGGCCUUCAAGUUGUAGUCAGUGCAGCCGCCACCCCAAACAGCAAUACAGCUGGAGAGGACGCUCUCAAUGGUGCCACGGUAAAACGUAGUCAUGACGGCCGGAGGAGCGCUCGCUCGCCUGAGUUUCCGCAGGAAGUACAGGUGGCGCUGGGCCUUCUUCGCCAGUGAUGCGGUGUUGGUGGACCAGGAGAGAUCCUCACUGAUGUGCACCCCCAGGAACCUGGCGCUGCUCACUCUCUCCACCACAGCACCGUCGAUGGUCAGCGGCAGGUGUUGGGUGUGACCCUUCCGGAAGUCAACAACAACCUCCUUGGUCUUGGUGACGUUCAGCAGGAGGUUGUUGUCCCUGCACCACAGGUGGAGCGCUCUUUUGCGGCCACGUUCGACCAAAUUCUCAUCACCUUGCUCGGGAGUCAAGGGCAGAGUGAGACCACAGACUUGAACAACUGAGGUGUCAACUUCAUGACCGAGACGACUGGGACGUACACCACCCAAACCAGUUCGUCUCUGGGGAAAGUUCUCUUGGUGAAGGUGGAGAAAAGCCAACGUUUUCCUUUCCUCGAAAGCGAGUGGUUCUGCACGCUUUUCCCGUGUCACCAAUGGCUUUCUAAUAACGAGGUCGUGGAGCUGAGAGGGGGCAAAUUUUCAGAGUACGUUUCCGAGCACUGGAAGGAAGACGACUUUUAUGGACCCCAGUUCCUGAAUGGUGUCAACCCCUGUUCCAUCAAACGCUGUUCAGAACUUCCAUCAAAUUUUCCCGUCAGCGAGGAAUCGGUGAAGCCAUUCCUAGAGGACGGAAGCACGUUUGCCAAUGAAAUGAAGAUGGGGAACAUAUUCCUCUACGACCAGAAGAUUCUGAGUGGAAUACCCGGUAAACUCUAUCACGGGGAGGAACUCCUAGUUCCCGCCCCUGUCUGUCUCUUGUACGUGAACCCUGAGAAAAAAACUGGUGCCCAUCGCGAUCCAGGUAGUUCGCAGAGCAACGGUACCGCCGCUCAGUCAGUGUUCCGACGUGGUUCGCUCUUGCGGUAGGUGCAUCAAGAACCCUCAGAAGAGAACCCAAUCUUCCUGCCAAGUGACUCGGAGACGGAUUGGCUCCUUGCCAAGAUUUCUGUCAAAAAUGCAAAUAUGGUGACUCACCAGGAGUGUUCCCUCUAAGCUGCGCAGCUGCGCAAUUGCGCACUGCUCACGAAGUCUCUGCGCGCAGGUACAAGAAACUCCAUGCUGCACACAAAAUAAAAUUCAGCAUACAUUAAUUGCUCAGUAUCUAAUGUUAGACGUAAUCUAAUCUAAUUAAGUGGACCAAUGACUUUCUUUCGGUGCCUUUCUAUAGUGCAAAUCAGUGAUUGACCAGUCAAUGUUAUAUGGUUCACUUACGCUACAUAGCCAAUCAUAGCAUUGACAGUGCCUGAAAAUGUGUCCUGCCCAUCCGUCCCGUGCAGGUUUGCUAGCUAACAACACUGCGGCGGAGUCAAGAGAUGCAAAUGCUAAGUUAGUGUGGUGAAUUCUCUUCGAUGGUCAGCUGGUCUUCCAAACAAAAUGGUGAAAAAGUGGCUGGCUUGGGGAAGGAAAACUUCAGUCACACACGGCUGAUUGGGGAAAGAUUUUAUUCAACCGAUGUCAGAGAGAAGUGUCUCGCGCCCUAGCCAAGAUGUCGAGUCCCUUUGUCUACUCUCGCCCUAAACCUUAUACUCUUGCGCUUCCCUUCACGCGGGAGCGCGCACAUGGGGCUGUUGGCUGACCUAUGACCCCACAGCCUGCCUCCCUAUCUCUACAUGGUGUGUAUCUUAGCAGUUGUUAAUGGAAACCAGAUGUGUCUGGCGCCAAUGAGUCUACCUUCCUGGACCAAGCCCCAAACAAUCCCACACGAACCUGACCCAAACAUGACCCGGUCACACUUAGGCUUACUAGUGAGAUAAACAUUGCAUGAUACUAGAAUAAAAAUUCACCACAUUAGCUAACCCAGCGGUGGGCAAACUACGGCCCGCGGGCCACAUCCGGCCCACGGGACCGUUUAAUCCGGCCCGCCAACCCUGAACAAAUUGUAUUAUUAAACUUUUUUUUUUGGUCAUUUUGCCUGCAAUGACUGCGUUUUCCCAGUAGAUGGCGAAGCGCUCGCCUGCGCAUUUACUACCGGAAGCCGUGUCAGAAAGCUCGGUGCACACUCACAAGUGCGUGUACGUACUCAGUAGUACGGACUUGGCGCACUCUCGCUCUAUUCGUAUCAGUCCCGAAUUUAGAGCGUGAGCUUUGACGACAGCAUUCUUAUAAUUCGCGCGCUGAGCUUUCAGAUGCAGUUUUGCGCUAAAGCCACCCACAAACCUUCCCCUGGAAUCCUUCCAUUAAAAUGAGUGGCCCGAAAAAAAGAAGUGAGUGCCGAAUGUUAAAAAAGAGUGGACAAUUUGGCUCGACGUACGCGACGUGACGUUCAGCCACAUCAACAUCAACCCGUCACAGAUCAAGGUAAACGGACCAACACCUCGGAUCUCGCCUAAGAAUUGCCACAACAAAUUUUACUCCAGACUAUGACGCACUAGCAAAAAAGGGAGACCAACAACACUGUUCCCACUGAAAAUGAACGGGAGGCUCUCAAGUUUAAAGUUGUAAAAAAAUGCAUUUUGAAUAUGAUUUGUACACAUAGCAGGGAUUGAAACUAGCGACCAUUCUCAUUUUCAAACAAUGCAGGAUGCUCAAGGACAUUGAUGCACCACCUAUUUGCGACUAAUCUUAACCUGUAAAGUUCUUAAGGCUUACUUUAAGGAGGUGUUUCCCGUUUCCUCACCUCUGUUACCAGGUGUUUGCGAGUUAAAACUCUGCUCUGAUUUUCAGAUACCCCUCACCGUGUUGCUGUUUUGAUUACUUUAUUUGGAUGUAUGCUUUCACCGAUUCUUCAAGAUGAUAUAUUUGGUCAGAAUGUUUGCCGUUUGAUGUGAUCUCAUAAGAUAAACAUCUUUCAUUAAUCUGACCUGCAGGCACUGAAGUGAUGGAGAUUGUUAUUCAUAAUAACUGUCGUAUUUUAUGAGAAUCACUGAUAGCAGUUUUUUAGUGAAUUAUUAUUUUUUUUUAAUGCUGUUAAUAAAUGCAUUUGUUUUCAAAAAAAUUGUUUGGAAUAUCCAUGCUUUACUACCUACUAAAGGCCAAGAUCUUUUAUGCAAUGACCUUCACAGGUCGCUUAUAUGACUUCACACAACGCCUACGUCCAUCUGCUCCUUGUCCGGCCCUCCGGUCCAAAUUUAGAACCCAGUUUGGCCCGCGAGUCCAAAAGUUUGCCCAUCCCUGAGCUAACCCCUUAUCAUGGCAAAACGAACGAGCAGCGACGCAUCCACUCGUCAAGCCAAAGUACUGUAAAUAAGAGAUGCCGCGGUUCCUUUAAGAUGGAAUGGUUGUCGGAGUGUGUGCAAAUAAAAGAACAAACGGUGAAGCUGGGUGUGAUUUUCUCUUUUUUGAGUGAGAAUGGUCUACUAUGCAAAACAUGCAGUGAAGCCAAAGUGGCGGGCGAGUUUACGGACGGAAAAAUAUGGACUAAA